UCAGCAAUUCAGAACCCGCUGAAAUUCAAAGUUAGAGGAGGAGGAGACUGAAAGCUCAGAAUAACUAACUAGAAAGCUGUUUCUCGCUUUCCGUCAGUUAGCGUCAGUCUGUUCUCAGGUCAGUAACAUCACUGUGUUUGCAGCUCAGUAUGGAAGCUGGGGAGGAAAACAGUGGCAAUGCCAGCUUGAAGCGACAGAGAGCACCUCUGUCAGAUUCUGAAGACAAUGUCCUCUCAUCACCAGGGAUGAAAGAUGGCCAGAAGCGGCGGCGUCUGGAGGCAGCAGGUCGGGAGAAUCAAAGCCCCAAACCAUCCAACUCUGGGCGCUUAGCUGAGCUUGGGAUAAAGCCAGAUACACCAAUGGUUCCUUCAGUCAUCUCCCGAGUCCAGCAGUUCACACAAAGAAGAGAGGGAACUCCACAGUCCCAGAGGUGCCUGUCUGACCCUGGGACUGACAGCUCCAAAGCCAGCAUCCCUGAGAAGGGCUUCAAAGCGCAACUCUUAGGUGAGGGAGAGUUCAGUCAGCGAGUGGAGCGGUUUAAAGUCUUCCAGGCUGGUCCCUCACCAAGCCCAGCUAAAGUCUGCCCUCGAACCCGCUCCAACUUAGUAUCUGACAUUCACCACAAACUCCAUGGUGAUACAACACCCAGCUCCAAGCAGGCUUCUCGUAUACGCCAGGAACGGGAGCAGGAGUUGCACCAGCUAACUUUCCAACCAAUCAGUGAGAAUGCCUGGCUAAAGAGAAGCAGCUCUGAUCCCUCGUUGACUCAGGAUGAGGACAAGGAGAUGAAAGACGGCAGCUUCACCGAAGCUUCUUCAUCAGGUGCAGAUAAUCUACCUAUUAAUACAACAGAUGCUGAGCUGAGCUCUCAUGACGAGACCAACACUGCUGAAAUAAUUGAUCGGAUGUUUGAGGAGGUACUGGAAUAUGCUGGAAGGAUGGAGAGGGGCGGUGAUGAGGAUGGUGAUAGUGGCAUUGGGGUUUGCUCCGGGGACAAAGAUAAAAUGGACACUGAGUCCGAGAAGGAGAAAAGUGAAGAAGAGGGAGAGGCCAAAGAGGAGUGUGAUGAGAGCAAGAAGCUUGAAAGCAAUGGAGAUGACCUGCUCACUUUCCCUCCCAGUGGCAUCCUCUCCCCUCUCAGCAAGUCUGUGGAGGCUGUGGUCACCCCUCUGCGGUUCGCAGCCAGUCAGGAAUCGAAUCCUCCAUCUCUGCUUCUGAGUCCUGGGGAGACCUCCACCCCUCCUGCUGAAUCUGCCCCUCUGUACAGUAUUGAUGCCUACCGCACACAAAGGCAGAGUAAACUGCCCACCAUUCUGAGCGUUACACCGGGGCCUCAGAGACGAGCUCCAGAGAAGUCACAGCCUCAAAGUUCUGUCAACACCAAGGAGAGGAUCACGGCUCUCAAUGAAGAAGCAGGGAAACUGCAGACUGUGAUCAACCAGACACUGCAGGCUCUGAGCUGCUGUACUGAUGCAGAACAUGGACGAGGCUCACUGGAGGAGGCUGAAGCAGAAAAACUACUGCUGGUGUCCUGUGAGAAACGCUCUGCUCUGCAGGCAGAGGUGUCCAGACUGAGGGCAGAGAGGAACUCUGAGACUGGAGACUCGGCAAAGGAGGACAGGGAGCAUAUUUCUCAGCAACCUUGUAGAGGGACCGUCGGCAUCACAAACAUCCAGCUGCCACUGAAGGUUGAAUUUGUCUGCUCCUCCCACAGCCGGACAGGUCGGCCAAGUCACUACUUUUUCAUCCUGAUCCGUUACGGACCCUGCAACAUCAUUGCCACUCCACUUGCCACAGCUGCUGACGCUCAGAAUGGAGACACCAUCUCCUUCCCAACCUCUGUCACUCUGAAGGACAUCCGCUCAACCUUCGAGAUUGAUGUGGAAGUCUACAGUCUGUCCCAUACUUCAGGUGGUCACUGCAGCAUGGACCGUGCAACCACCAAGUCACGGGUUACACCAAGAAAACUACUGAACACUAUCACAAGAUCCAGUAAUACUUUGGCAGCUGCUGCACUGCCUGCGCUCAACCCCCGGCGCUCCAGUAACUUUUGUCUUGUAGGCUCCCAUAAGCUCACCCUGACCUCACUGGGACACAGCAAGUUCCCUCUGGAUAAGAUGAAACUCGAGGGCAAAAUCAGGAGGCUGCUGGGAGAUGAGUUUCAGGAAAAGGUGCCUUUUCUCUCUCCUCUAGAGGGCAACAUCUACCUACGACUGGACAGCCAGAGUCAUUCUAAUGUGCAGCACCAAGGCUUCUUGACGAUGUUUGAGCUGAUCAGUGGAUAUGGGGUGUGGCAUCGCAGAUAUUUUGUCCUGGAGGGAUGCAGCAUGUAUUACUGGAACCACCCCAACGACAAAGAAACCAAGGAAGCAGAGGGCUGCUUCUACCUGUCCAGCUCUCCCAGUCAGUGUGUCAGGCCGGUCAAGAGGGACUCGUGUGCUCGACCUUUUACCUUCGAGCUGGUGAGCAACAUCCCACACCAGCAGCAGGACGACAGCCAGGAAGCCAAGGCCAAGUGUUGGUUUUCUGCUGACACUAAAGAGGAGAGACUGGACUGGAUGGAGAAACUCAGCCAAGCUCUUUUGGACUUUCACACGUGGAACCGAACAUCAGCGACCAAAACUGAAAGUCAGCAGUCAAACACGAGCAGUGGCAACCUGAGAGAAAGCAUACUCUAAGUAAUCAUUAAACCAGCACUCACAUUUAGUGUCUGGAAGCAGCUUUUAAGUGUCUGGUAAAUGAUGACGAGCUUCUUCACAGGCUCUGUUUCACUGUUGAAAUGAAACGGCCAACUUUAUGAAUGUAUAACCAGGCAGAAUAUUAUGCCUCUAAUGUUAAUGAGUUAUUAAUAGAUUUGGAGAUUUGAGUUUUUGUUUAUUUCUUUUAAUCUGAAUCCAAUCAUUACUGUUGGUUUACACUUUUAUUUUUCAAAUUACAGUUGCCAUUUGAUUUUUUCUUUUUUCAUUUUGUCAGAAUCUGUUUUUAUUUUGGUACUUUUUUUCCAAUGGCAAUAAGCUGCUUUAGCCAUUGUUGGCACUGACGUGUAGUCACUUUCAGGAGGUAAAGGGGGAUGGCUUAUAUAUUUUUGGAAUAAUUAACACUAGCUUGUAUUCAGAUUCUAUUUUGUAUCACUUAAACUGGAAGCAUAAACAAAGUUAUAUAGAAACACUAAUAAUUAUCGAUGAAGGAUAAUACAAUUAACUUUAAUGUACUUGCAAAUGCAAGAAAUGAAGGAAUAUUAGUGCAGGAGUGGGAGCUGUGUAGUCAUUUAGAUUUACAGUAUCUGUUCACUGACACAGUUGAGCCAUUCUGUGUAGAAGUUAAUUUGGGUUUUUGAAACAACCCGUCACAAUCUGUCUGCUCUUAUUGUUGACACAAAGUGUCACUGGUGUGUUGAGGGUGUUUUUUCCUUCCCAGUGUCCUGAAGUCUUCUCGAUUUCCAGAUCUAACUUGUGUUACUGCACAUGUGAAGCCACACAUAUAUAUAUAUAUAAACCAUGUUAUAGAUGAGAAGUCAGAGAAGGCACUGCAGUGAUGCUGUACUAAUGAAUGUCGUCUGUUCUGUCUGACGUCCUUUCCUUUUCCAUGUAUUUCCACCUAUCGGUCUGUCACUGUUGAAAUAUUCUACAUGUUGACUCUCCUUCUCUGCACCAAUAAAUAAAUGGUAUAAAUUGGCUACAAAAAA